CAGUUAAAAAUCGCGUAUUGUCGGAGUAACUCGUGCCGGCUUUAAAGUAUUUUUUUCCCACAGAAAUCAUUGUAAACAUGUGUCUGUGCAUUUCCUAUUGUCUGUGAAUAAACUGCGCCGUAUGCUAUUAUAGUUACUGGAUUAUUUGCUAAUUGAGUUUGUGAUAAAUCCAUCAAAAUGAGAUUAGCAGGUGCCAUUUUCACCAAUGUUACGAAAAUGCUAGAUUUUUACUCGCAAUUUAAUCCAUCGCCGUUGUCAAUAAAGCAGUUUAUAGAUUUCGGACUAAAUGCGUGCGAGAGGAAAUCCUUCCUUUUCCUAAGGAAGGAGCUGCCAGUGAGAUUAGCGAACAUAAUGAAAGAGAUAGCGCUACUGCCGGAGAACCUACUUCAAAUGCCAUCUGUCGGCAUGGUAAACCAAUGGUACGAGAGGUCCUUUGAAGAGAUCAUACAGUUUGAGAAGAUGGAGCCAGAACCGCCGGUUUUGAGCACUUUCUGCGAACGCCUGGUCCACAUUCGCAACCGACACGCUGACGUGGUCCAGACCAUGGCCCAAGGAGUCCUGGAGCUGAAGGAGUCGCACGAAGUGGACACCGGCACCGAGAACUCCAUACAGUACUUCCUGGACAGAUUCUAUAUGAGCCGGAUAUCUAUUCGGAUGCUUAUCAACCAACACACGCUUCUCUUCGGCGAGCAGAUAGGCGGUAAACAGGCCUCGGUCAACGGCAUGGGCGCCGGCGGCCGACACAUCGGGUCCAUCGACCCCGCGUGCGACGUCGUCGGUGUCGUCAAGGACGCUUACGAGAACGCGAGGUUCCUCUGUGACAGAUAUUAUUUGGCCGCGCCGGAGCUUGAGGUUUUACAAAGAGGAGUGCCCAGUGAUCGUCCCAUGCCCGUCGUUUACGUCCCCUCACAUCUCUACCACAUGCUGUUUGAACUAUUCAAGAAUGCUAUGAGAGCUGUCAUGGAGAACCACGAGGGAAGCCCCCCGCCCAUACAAGUUAAUAUUGUUAACGGGAAAGAGGAUAUUUCGCUGAAGAUGUCGGACCGCGGCGGCGGAAUCCCGCGCAGCGUCUCCGAUCUAUUGUUCAAGUACAUGUACAGUACUGCCCCACAGCCCUCCAAGAGUGAUUCUCAUACUGUGCCUUUGGCUGGCUACGGCUACGGGCUGCCGCUGUCGCGGCUGUACGCGCGCUACUUCCACGGCGACCUCGCGCUCAUGUCCUGCGAGGGCUACGGCACUGACGCCGUCAUCUAUCUCAAGGCGCUCUCAAACGAGGCCAACGAGUUUCUGCCCAUCUUCAACAAGACAUCGACUAAAUUCUACCGACCGACGCAGCAGUUGGCCGACUGGUCGGGGCCCGUGAACACUCCGGCGCACAACAAGAACAGAGAGAAGGUGUCGCCACUGUCUUCGCCGUUGUUUCGCAGCCUAUAGUCCGAGAAACCGGAGUGAGUUAUUUAAUAUAUAAAUCCCGUUUAUUCAUUAAAAACAUCAGAGAAUGGACGAGUCAGUCGAACAAUUAAAUUUUAUCUUACCGAGUAUCUCUCUCGGUAAGUAAUAAAAUUUAAGGAGCUGACUGUUGACACAUAAAGAAGAAAAAUAUGUUUUGUCUCUUAAUUUAAUGUCAUAUAUUUAAUGAUAUACGCGAAGAGCAAAAACAUUAUUUUUACAAAACAUUAUUACUAUUUUAAACAAUUUUUUUUUGGCUAAAAAUUAAGAAAAUCAUGUUUUUAGGGAAUAAAAAAAACAUUGAUAUUAUGUUUUUAUGAAUAAAACGGAAUAACUAUGGUAAAUACUCACUCCAAGAAAUUGUUAGCUGCCAACAACAUUUUUUUUUUUUAAUUCUGUGUUUGAAUUUUUGAUUGUUGAAAUGUUCUUAUGUUUGACUUAUAUUUUUAAUAAUAGUCCUAAUUAUUUUAUUUUUCAUUGGAUUCUUAGUGGCCAGAGAAUUCACUGUAACCAGUAUGUAUAGACAUGACAAUUUAUUAUUUUUCAACAUUCGUCACAAUAUAAAAGAUCCAAUCUUUUUUUAUUAUUAUUUAAUAUAUCCGUGGCCUUGAAGUUUUCAAGUAUCAUACACAUUAGUUACUAGCUACUUAAAAACUUAUUAAGAAUAAUAAACUAUUUAGACUUAACUAGCGCAGUCUGGUGGCAGAAAAUGACCCUAAAACCACAUCUCAAAUUGGAAAAUAUCCAGGUUUUGUUUAAAAGUACAUUAUGACGUAGUGUUUAUGGUCUAAAAUACGAAUGUCGAGGUUGCUUCGUCCCAAUCUACACAGUAAAUAUAGUUGACCUUUUUACUCGAGAAAAUGCAACGUCAAGUGUGAAAGAGAAAGAACUAGAUUAGGAAAAUGCGAUGGCAAUAUUUAAGUACAAUCUUUAUACUCAUAAAUUAAUAUAUGAAAUGUGUUGUUUAUAUGGAAUAUUGUCAUCCGACUGUGUGAUGGGAAAAUUUGAAUUUUUUUUUUGUUUUAUAAAAUUUUUUGUGUUUAUGUAUUCUGUUUUUAAAAUGUGAACUAAAUUGCGAGAAAUUUUCAAUUUCCGCUUUAACGUUCACAACGAGAAUAUGUAGCUGUCACUCUCCCUCCCCUCAUACGUGGUUCGUAUGGAGUGGAAGCGAGAAGCCCUGUAAGGGUUUAAAUUUUAAGUUUUCUUUUUGUAUAGUUUUCGAAUGUGAUAUGUUUAGGUGUAAAUGUGUAGAGCCAAAAUUUGACUGAUUUUUUUGGAGAUAUAAGAUCACAUAGUUUUUAAUAAGAAACAGUAAGAGUACAGGUUUUCAUCGAGAAAAAUAAAAAAAAUGAAAACGAAAAAAAUUUUUUUCUUACAAAAAAAUUUACAUUAUGUCUCGACAAUUUAUUCAAAUAUGGAUAAAUAUAAUUUGAAUUAUAUGAAAAAAAAAAACUAUGUGACUCUUAGGUAAAGAUUUGAAAGUUACUCUAGUUUUGUUUAACUAAAAAUAUAAUUUGAACGCAGUAUGACUGUGUAUGAACUGUAUACUUAAAAAAAAAUCAGUAAUGAUUAAAAACGGAUUUAUUUCGAAACCGGAUUGUUAUUUGGUAUGUUGUGAAUGAAAACGAAAGUUUGACAAAUUUUUACACUUGCAACAUAUAAUAAAGUAUCAUAUGAAGUUGCCAUAUCAAAUAUUUUCUUAAGGAUAAUUACUUUUUUGUACAACAAUUUUAUAUUUUUUUUUCACUAAAAUCAUGGUUCUUUUUGUUGUUGAAUUUAUGUAAUUCCAUUUAUGAGCUUACUGGUGUUAAAUAUGUAUACAGAUUAUUACUGUGAAUUUAAAAUGUUGUAAUGAUUCGCAUUCUUACUUGGUAAGUAUGACUUCAUUAAUAAUAUCAUAGAAUAUUUUUCACACCAUGAAAACAAUACCUACGUCAUUUUGUUUAUUAAAUUUUAUCAAUUAUUGUCUCACCACUGUUUAAUAAAGUGUCAUAUUGAAAUCCACUAAAUAAAUCUGCCUGAUGUCGGCCAGUUAGCCUUAUCAAACACUUUUGAAACAUAACUUUUAUCGCUUGAAGUAGAAAACUGAUUUUAAUCUACAAUUUUUUGUAAUUGCAAUACUAUAGUAUGGUCAAGAUUGGUUGAUAAACAACCAUGGUUGCCAGCCAAGCGUACCACUGACGACCAAGUGAGAAUUCGAAUCCCAUUGUAAUAAAGUAGAAAAGUACAAGGAUGUAUGUUGUGUAAUGUAAAAUGUAUCUAGUUCUGUUGUAUGAAUCUUCAAUGAUAUAUCACCUGCAUUUUAAAUUUGUCUAUGACUAAGUAUGAUUCCAAAUUGUUGAUAAUUUAUGUUUAGAGUAUAAAUGUAGAGGAAAAUAUUUAAUUUUUACAAGUGAAAUAAAUAAUGAACACCUA